AUGUUAUUGGAAAGUAGUAGGUACCAGCAUCCAAAGUUUCUCCUAAAGAAGGCUUUGCUAGCAUGGGACAGGAUAUGCUACCCUAGAAUUGCAGGAGGAUUUAAUAUUUUGGAUAUUACAACUUGGAACAAAGGUGCAAUAAGCAAGCUAUUAUGGAACCUUUGUAAGAAGGCAGAUAAAUUAUGGGUGAGGUGGAUUCACCGUUAUUAUGGGAAGAACAGGAACAUCUUUGAAGAUGUGCCUAAGCAGGCUUCUUGGAUUGUUCAGAAGAUACUGAAGGCCACCAAAUACUUUGAUGAGGCAGGUUACACGAUGGCAGAGGUGCAGAAUAUGGAGCGUUUCUCCACUACGCAUUUCUACAUAAAGCUAAGAGAUGAGUUCCAAAAAGUGAUAUGGAGGAAACUAGUGUGUAACAACAUAGGUCUACCUAGAUGGAUCUUUACUCUAAGAAUGGCUGCACAUGGGAGGCUCUAUACUAGAGAUAGGUUGUUCAAGUUGGGGGUGACUACAAACCAAGUAUGUCCUCUGUGUGAUCAAGAUGAUGAGUACAUAUCACAUUUGUUUUUCAUAUGUGGGGUGUCUGCAACAAUAUGGAAGAAGCUGCUCAUGUGGUUAGGAAUCAGAAGACCUCCAAUGAACUGGGAGGAUGAGCUACAAUGGGCUAAACUAAAUGCUAGGGGUAGGAGCCCUAAAGCUGAAGUUUUCAGAAUAAUGCUAGCUGCUGUAGUAUACCAUGUGUGGAAGGAAAGGAACUAUAAAGUUUUUCGGGGCACAAAGCAAAAUACUGAGAUUCUAAUUAGGCAGAUUAUCCAGGAGAUCCAUUACAGAGGUGCCAUAAAAAUAUAA